AUGCGAGAGCUACCGGCUAGAGGACGAAGCCGGCCAAAGAAGUUAGUCCGCCAUCGCCAACAUCAUCCAAUGCGCCUGGCAACACUUAACGUUGGGACGCUUACCGGAAGAAGUGAACUGGCAGACAGUCUCAGAAAACGUGUUGACAUAUAUUGUGUACAGGAGACUCGCUGGAAAGGCCUCAAGUCAAGGGGAUUAGGCGAUGGUUACAAGCUCAUCUACCACGGCACAUCAAAUCGCAAUGGCGUUGGUUUCAUAUUGAACGGGACUUUUAAAAACAGCGUUACAGCGGUGGCUCGACUAUCGGAUCGCCUAAUAGCUGUGAAAGUAGACACAGAUGGCGAGAGUACUACAUUCAGUUGUAUAACGAAGAGUUUUGCCAUUCUGUCGUCCCGACUGUUCCUUGGGUCGAGAGUCCUGUUUUACCAAUUACUGCUGUCGAAGUCAAUGCUGAAGUCGAACAAGGCAACCGUCCCUGAUGACAUACCUACUGAUGACUGGAGGCUGCUAGGAGAUCGAGGGUCCGUGUGGCUUGCAGCUCUAUUUAACAAGCAUUAUUUAUUUAAAGAACAAGAUCGCUGCAGAAGGACGGACGAACGAAGGGAAUCCAGAAGCAGGACUCCAGACCUUUGGCAAACUUCCGUGACCGUGCCUGUGUGGUAA